GUCAAAACCAUUGUUCGGAGAAAACAAAACAAUCCAAUUGCACCACGUCAAGAAUGAAUAUUUCUGUGACCAACUGGCAUUCUCUUUUCGGCGCUUACUUGUGUGUGAUACAUAAAAACUGUUUAAACAUUUGUUCGCAAGAACUGACUAUGCUUCGAGUGGCAUUUGCAUAAAAUUUCAGCUCAAAAGCAACAAAAUGUGCUCUGUUUGUGGUGAUUCAUCUUCAGGGAACUUGGUCGGUGUUCGGAGACAAUCGCGAUCAGCUGGAGGAAUUACGCCGAAGAAAUGGCGCAACCGAAUAAGUGGCUUUCACUAUUUCAUCAUUUUUAUCAGCGGCUCGUUUUGCUCUGGGCUAAUGUUUGCGCUGCUGAAUUAUGUACCGAGUUAUAGGAUCCUUCCCCAGCGGGUUGCCCCACACUAUCUUCCGGAUGGUAACUUCCUACAGAUAGCCGACGAAGUGAAAGUUCUGGAACCGUAUCUCUCCGCGAUUAGAAUUCCUGCCAGCUUCGAUGACAGUGUGAAGCGCAAUAAAAAUGAACACGACACAAAUGAGCAGGAAGCGCUCAGCUCUCUAAAGGUGGCAAUCGAAAUGAAGCAGGUGGGAAAGGAUGAUAAAGCGCUUCGGUUGUUUCAACACGCACUCGCUUUGUCACCGAAGCAUCCGGAGGUUUUGACGAAGUACGGUGAGUUUUUGGAACACAACCAGCAAGAUGUGGUACGGGCCGAUCACUUCUAUUACCAGGCGCUCACCGUGAAUCCGUCCCAUUCGGAGGCACUGGCGAAUAGGCAGCGGACAGCGCAAAUUGUCGAACAUUUGGACCAGAAAAGGUUUGAGGGUUUAGAUAAGAAGCGGAACGCCCUCUCUUCGGUCCAUGCCUCAAAUGCUGCACUGAAACGAGCCGAAAAGGAGGCGUAUAUCCAGCAUAUCUAUCAUUCGGUGGGAAUCGAGGGCAAUACGAUGAGUUUGGCGCAAACUCGGUCCAUUCUGGAGACGAAAAUGGCGGUGGACGGGAAGAGUAUCGAUGAGCAUAACGAGAUUCUUGGGCUGGAUGCGGCGAUGAAAUAUAUCAACGCUACUUUGGUGAACAAAAACGAUUUCAUCACACUGAAGGAUAUCCUGGAAAUCCACCGACGCGUUCUCGGUCACGUCGAUCCGGUUGAGGGUGGAGAGUUCCGCCGAACUCAGGUGUACGUGGGUGGACACGUUCCGCCGGGUCCAGGCGAUCUGUCGAUUCUCAUGGCUCGUUUCGAAAGUUGGCUCAAUUCGGAGCAAUCGUUUGUGAUGCAUCCGGUGAAAUACGCCGCAAUGGCUCACUACAAGCUGGUUCACAUUCAUCCCUUCAGCGAUGGCAACGGCCGGACGUCCCGGCUGCUGAUGAACACAUUGUUGAUGAGGGCUGGCUAUCCGCCGGUGAUCAUCCAGAAGCAGCAUCGUCACAAGUACUACGAUUAUCUGCAGAUCGCUAACGGGGGCGAUAUUCGGCCGUUUGUGCGAUUCAUCGCUGACUGCACGGAGCGGACGCUGGACCUGUAUCUUUGGGCUACCAGUGAAUUGUCCAAUCCGAUUCCGUUGUUGGCGCAGGAACUCAAUGGCGUGCCGUUAAUCAACAAUUUCGAACAGGAGUCUGUGUUGGAAGGUAGCGGAACGGGUGGAACAAUACGGAUAGACGUUAUUUGAUAUCUAAUUCCUUCGGUAUUGCUGAUAGCUAUAAUAGCUUUGCAAAGUAAAAAUCCUCCGCCCGUAGCGAUUAUGAUUGCGCUCUGAAAAACAGUUCCUCCACCGUAAGCACAAACCAAAAAAAACAUCUAUCAACGAAUAUAUAGAAUAUGUAGUUACAAAAAUCUGAUCCCCACGAUGUGAUCGACGUGAUGGUUGAUUUGAUUACUAUUGAUGUUCAUGUUGUUGAUUGCGAUUUUCAGGAAGCAAUGUCUACCAGAAUGAAACUUUUAACCGUUACUUAUAGGAAGUUAUUAAUAGUUGUGUAAUAUAUGUUGUAAAUACGAUAGGUAAUUUUAUAAAAUUCUAGUGUUUGAUAUUAAUAACAAUUGUAAUAAUUUAUUCGAGUGCCGCGUAAUGAGUUGAAUAUUUUUAUUGCGCACAAGCCGAGCUCAGAAACAUACCAAUAUGCAUACCGUUUUAAGAUAAUUUCAUUCUGCACGAGUCGGUUUUUGCAUUGUUAUCUAUAAUUAAGGUAUUUUUACUGAUAACGCUUGAAGUGUACUUGUUUAUCUGCGAUUAUCUAAUUGAUUUCAAAACAUACAAAUUUAUUUAUCACCUUUAAACGUAGACCGAUAAUCAACGUAUAUUUGACCCUGUGAUUGUAACACGACGCAAACUUUUGCGAAGGUAUUUCUUCA